CAAAAUUGCAGCAGAUCUUUUGUGACACGUCCAUAAAUUUUGAUAGAGCUUUAUGCCAGCCGUCAAACUUCCAAAAAGCUAUCUCGAUCAACAAUGAAAAUCACAACCACCGCUACGCUUGGAUUCCCUCGGAUGGGGCCGAAUCGCGAGCUCAAGUUUGCUCUGGAAAAGCAUUGGAAAGGAUCGCUGAGUGAAGUGGAUCUUAUCAAGGUUAGCGAAGAUGUUGAGACUAUGGGUUGGAAGCUUCAGAAGGAAGCCGGUAUCGACCUGAUCACAGUGGGUGAUAUGUACCUCUACGAUUGUGUUUUGUUUUGGAUUGAGUCGCUGGGAAUAGUGCCUCAUCGCUUCGAGAAUUUGGCGGCUGGGACGACGCGUAUGUUUUCCAUGGCUCGAGGUGUUGACGGUGCCGAAGCUCUAAGCAUGAAAAAAUGGAUCACGAGCAACUACCACUACAUGGUUCCUGAGUUCGACAAGUCAUCUAAGAUUGCGCCUGACUUUUCCUCCUUCAUUUCCAGUGUUGAGCGAGGCGUCGGGGUUCUCGGAGCUGAAUGCGCCAUACCUGUUGUGUUGGGACCCGUUUCCAUCUGCUUUUUUGCGCGCAUCGUCGACGACGCUCUGACCACGCAUGAGUUGAUUGCUUUGUUGAUUCCUGUGUACAAAACUCUUCUGCAGAAGGUUGCCGAUCUGGGAGUGAAAGAAAUUCAGAUUCAUGAACCUGCAAUCGUCCUCGAAGAAGUUGGGCUUAUCGCCUCUUUGAAGACCGUUUAUCCAGCCAUCCUGCCGAAAGGCCCGAAGAUUAAUUUCGUUACCGCUAUGGACGAUGUAGGGAAAGCUAAUUAUGAUUGGCUUAUCUCGGAGUCGAACGGACUUAACAUCCUUUCGAUGGACUUCACCCGUGGAAAUACACUUGGAUUGAUCGAAAAGCGAGGAUUUCCCUCCUCUAAGAUGCUUGGCGCGGGCCUCGUUGACGCUCGCAAUGUUUGGAAGGUCGACCCCGGUAAAGUCCUUCCGCUCACCGACAAGCUGAAGUCUCUAGGGAUUGAGUUUCGUGUACAACCUUCUACAUCUUUACAAUACACUCCUUGGGACUUGGAUCGUGAAAUGCAAUUGGACAACCACCCGGCAGCUCAGGUUCUCUCCUUUGCAAAGCAAAAGUUAGACGAACUGGUGCUUCUAGCGCAGGCAAUAUCGGGUGAGAAGUCAGCACUCGAUACGCAUACGGCAGCUUGGACCACCUUCCACUCUGCCCAUACGGGCUCUACUUUGACGAAGGAACGAAUCAAGCACUUGAAAGAGACUGAUUUUCGCCGUCCCGAGCCGUACAAGCAACGCCGUCCGAAGCAAUUGGUCGGCGUACCACUCCUACCCACGACCACUAUUGGAUCCUUCCCACAAACCAGCGAAAUCCGGCGACUUCGAUGGGAAUGGAAAAAGGGUAGGCUGACCAACGAGGCGUACGAGAGGGCCAUGGACCAGCACAUUGCUUACUGUAUUGGUAUCCAGGAAGCUAUCGGCAUAGAUAUCUUGGUGCAUGGUGAGCCUGAACGGACGGACAUGGUUGAGUUCUUUGGUCAACAAAUGGAGGGAAUUCUCUUUUCGGAACAUGGGUGGGUCCAGUCAUUCGGCUCUCGUUGCGUCCGUCCUCCUAUUAUCUGGUCAGAUAUUCAGCGACCUAAGGCGAUGACAGUGCGCGAGUUCAAGGUUGCCCAGGAUUUAACGUCAAAACCGGUGAAAGGCAUGCUGACUGGUCCAAUUACUAUUCUGAAUUGGUCUUUCCCUCGUGUCGACGUGUCUCGCAAAGAGCAAGCGUACCAACUUGCUCUUGCUAUUCGGGAUGAAGUAGCUGAUCUGGAAAGUGCUGGCUGCAAGGUCAUUCAGGUGGACGAGCCUGCUCUUCGUGAGGGAAUGCCACUCCGAACCGCCCAAAAGGAAGAGUAUUUGACGUGGUCUGUUGACGCCUUUCGCCUGGCAACUGCGGUUGCUGCGAGCGAGACACAGAUUCACACUCACAUGUGUUACUGUGAGUUUAACGACUGUAUGGAAGCAAUUGAUAGGCUCGACACGGACGUAAACUCAAUCGAGAACGCACGCAGUGACAACGCGACCUUAGAAGCCUUUCAGCGCGUCGGAUACGAAAAAGGUUUUGGCCCUGGCUUGUACGACAUUCAUUCACCUGUUGUCCCACCAAUCGACAUCAUGUACGAAAAACUCAGCAGUUUUUUGAAGGUUCUUGACGUCGAGCACACCGUCGUCAACCCCGAUUGUGGUUUAAAGACGCGAGGGUGGCCAGAGACGAUCUUGGCCUUGAAGCACAUGGUUGCAGCUGCUCAUAAUGUUCGCAGAAAUCUCGGAAUCGAAACGCAGUAAGGUGAUGCCAGCAAUUAUGUAGACGAGCAUUGGUCUGACAGUUAAGAUGUUUACGUCAGAUUCAUGGAGGCAAAAGUAGACCCAUUGGUGAUUUCUC